AUAGUGGCGACGAGAGUUGAUGUGGGACGGAGUUAGUUUGUGUUGUCGAAGAAGGAGGAAGGGAAAGAGAUCAGAGAGAGGGGGGGGGUCGGCAAUAGAACAGUGCGAGUGUGAGAGCAAUCGGGGGAAUCCAAUAUGGCAUCGGGCGACACGCUCUACAUCGAAACAGACGGCUCAGAGAUGCCGGCUGAGAUAGUCGAACUCCACGAAAUAGAAGUGGAGACCAUACCGGUGGAGACCAUCGAGACGACGGUGGUCGGUGGAGACGAUGACGACGAGCACCACCAGCCCAUGAUCGCCCUACAGCCGCUAGUCACAGACGAUCCGAACCAGGUUCACCAUCACCAAGAGGUGAUCUUAGUGCAGACACGGGAAGAGGUAGUCGGUGGAGACGACUCAGACCUCCGUGCGGAUGACGGUUUCGAGGACCAAAUCCUUAUACCCGUCCCGGUCCCUGCAGCCGAGGAGGAAUAUAUCGAGCAGACUCUGGUUACCGUAGCCGGGAAGAGCUCUUCGGCGGGCAGAAUGAAGAAAGGGGGAGGCGGCAGUGGGAAGAAAGCGGGUAAAAAAAGCUACCUUAGUGCAGCAGAGGCCAGCGGAAGAAAAUGGGAACAGAAACAAGUGCAAAUAAAGACUCUGGAAGGGGAGUUUUCAGUUACAAUGUGGGCAUCAGAUGACAAAAAGGACAUUGACCAUGAGACUGUGGUGGAGGAGCAGAUAAUUGGGGAGAACUCCCCCCCGGAUUACUCCGAGUACAUGACAGGGAAGAAGCUCCCCCCAGGUGGCAUCCCCGGCAUCGACCUCUCAGACCCCAAACAGCUGGCAGAGUUUGCCAGGAUGAAGCCACGGAAAAUAAAGGAGGACGACGCACCUCGUACGAUAGCGUGCCCCCACAAGGGAUGUACGAAGAUGUUCAGGGACAACUCGGCAAUGAGGAAGCACUUGCACACCCACGGGCCACGUGUCCACGUGUGUGCAGAAUGCGGCAAAGCCUUCGUGGAGAGCUCAAAGCUGAAGCGACACCAGCUUGUUCACACCGGCGAGAAGCCUUUCCAGUGUACGUUUGAGGGCUGUGGAAAGAGGUUUUCCCUGGACUUUAACUUGCGCACCCAUGUGCGGAUCCACACCGGAGAUCGCCCCUACGUCUGCCCCUUCGACGGCUGCAAUAAGAAGUUCGCCCAGUCCACCAACCUGAAGUCCCACAUCCUAACACACGCUAAAGCCAAAAACAACCAGUGAGCCAGCCGGGGCGAUGGCCAGGAGUGGAAGGAGCAGGUGGCCAAGGCUCGUCGAACCCUGUACACAGCAGCAUCUUAACGCAAGUGUUCAGAAAAAAAGUCUGAAAUCCCCUUUGUACAUUGUUUCUAGGAAAAAAAAAAAGUUUUAAAGAAAUUUACCUUAAAGACUUUUUGAUAAGUAUGGAAAUGGGAAAAAUGAACAGUAGAGAUUAAGCUAACCUUCCCAUUUAGCUCUGAGAAGCAACGUUGCUGGUGUUCGUCAAAACCCACCGCUUCUGGUUACCUAUUCACCAUGGUGAUGGACUCCGCACCUAUACCCAGAUGGUUACACCUCCCAAAGAAAUCAAUUGGUCACCCCUUUGCAUAGAAAGAUCAUUUCUUUUUAAUUUAGUUUUUUUUCCCAAGUGUGCAUAUUGUACACUUAUUUUUGGGAUAUGCUUAGUGAUGCUAUGUGUGAUUUAUUUUUUCCCUGAAAAGAUUGAAAUCUGCUUGUGAUGGUUCUUCUUGGAAGAAAAUUGGCAGUUACUGUACUACAUGCAUACUUUGAGAGUUUUUUUUUCUUCCCUGUAAAAAGUUAGUUUUAUUAUUUUUUUUCCUUUGGGUGUAUUCUUUACCGUUAACUCAUUUUUGUAUAAUUGUAUCGUACAGCCGUAUUGAAAUCAUGUAGACUUAAUAGCAAUGUGAUUUAGAUAGUGUUAACCGAUUAAAAACCAUUUUAGUCACGACACUUUUAUUUCUCCUGCUGUACUGCCAGAUGCAAAAAAUUGAAGUGUAUGUUUCCCUCCCCCUCCACUGCAAAGCCUGUCCUUUGUUACACAUCACAAGAAAACAAACGUGGUGCUCCGCUGCAUUGUUAGAAUGUAUUGUACAGGCAGCAUUAAUUAACCCGUGUUAAUAUGUACAUCCCGUGUAUUUCAGCGACCAGCAAUAAAACGAUGGUCCUAAAAGCGCUUAUUAGAAGUUUACAUUUUAGACGAUGCCUAUUCUUUUAUGGUUAAGAAAAACAGAAAAUCCCAGAUACAGAUAUGUGAUGGACGAGGUAACUUUUUUUUUUAUGCCGUUUCAAUGUGCAGUUUGUUGUGAUGUUCUUGCUGCCCUAGUUUGAAAAUGUUGGUAAAUAAAAAGGGACUGUUCCAUUGUUACAGAUGAAAAUUAACAAAAAUGGCUGAGUGCUGGCGGGGGGGGGGCGGGGGUCUUUUUUGGAAGCCAAAUGCUGUGGUGUGACCAGGUGCCCUCCCAGCAGGCACACUCAUUCCUGCUCCUUCACUGGGAUUUUCUUUGACCCUGUAGGAUCCCUCCCCUCUUUUUGGGUGCCCAGUGUAGUGGUUUUGGGACUGAAAUGUCACAGGCUUGUCCCUUCAAUGGAAAAGGUCACUCUGUAGGCAGAGAGAUCUGAAGCUUCCCACAGCUCGUAGGUUGGUUUGGGAUUGCGCUGAAAAGCACGCCGUUUGUGAUCCUGUAAUAAUGGGUACAUGGAUGAUUGCUUGAGGCUUAAGUACACACAAUUGGCAAUAAAAUGUUUUCCCAUAGAA